CAACAAUAGCCCGUGUCGCACCACACGGAGGCGUUGGCGGCUCAGUGUGUUCACCAAGAAGAUUCGGCUCCAGAAUGUUGCACCAUGUGAAAGAUCCAAGAUCAAAAGGAAACAAAACACAAAUAGAAAGGAUCGUAGCUUCGGGGUGUUACAAUUAUAACAGGACGGAAUCAUAGAUGAUCUUUAUCAUUUGCGAAAUCGACAGCCCCACUUUGAUAGCCCCAGAAUGUUGCCUCAUUUAGUCAAGAACAAGUUCGAUCCUGAUGUGCCUCGUCAUGUAGCAAAUGUACUUAUGAUGUACUAGCAAAUGUAGUAGAGUGAGUGAGUGCAGAAGUCUUUUGUGGGAUCUUGUCACAUCGAUUCAUCCCGCCGGUAGAUGCAGCAAACCUAUUUAGGAUGCACAGAAUAGAAUAGAAGUACUUCUUGAAUGUACUAGCAAAGAAGAUGUGGAUGUGCAUAAUGGAGGUAUACAGUAUCGCACUCAUAGCCAGACUAAUGGAGGUAUAGCUCAUCUCUGGCUCUAAUACCCGAAAGAGUGGUCUAUGGUACGGCGCACAUGAUGGCGCCAGUAUUUGGCAAGCUUUCUGAUGAAACAAAACACCCAUGGGGCAAGAGGAGACCGAUGAUGGCCUUCGCGCUGAUCUUAGUCGUUGGGAGUCAUGCAGUCCUGUAUGUCGCAAGUGAACGACUUUGGAUGUCACUCUACUUGGUUGGCCUUUUCUUUGCCAUGAUUGCCAAAAAUAUGGUUAUUGCGGUCAAUGCGGCGUUCCUCACUGACGUGGUUCCGAAAGAAUUGAGUAGUUCCGCUGCGUCUAUUACUGCCGCUCAUUAAGGCUUCCGGGAAUCUCCCAUGAUUUUGAAAAGCAUCUUGCUUGGGGCACCUACAACUUGGCUCUACCUACUAGGGCAAAAACAAAAACAGAGGACCCAUCCGCACCCACGAUGAAUUUCAAUCCAUUUCCAUUUCGGCCGCUUGUGGUCUAAGUUCAGGCCGCUUGUGGUUGCAUCAUAGGGUUUCUGAUACAAUAUUGGUUUGCGGAUGCGCAUGUGAAGUACACUUACCUGAUCGUGACUUUCUUCUUCCUGCUGACACAAGCAAUCUUUUUUGCCGCAGCCAGGGAGCCACCUACAUCAAAUAUCGGGGAAGAGGGAAAUGAUGUUGAUAGUACAACUAUUAAGGGUAGGUAGUUAAAGGUGCUUUAGCUUUUCUUACCGCUUUUUAUGCCUCUCCUAAGGGAGAAAGGCAUAACAAGCGGGGCAAGCGAGCACCAAAAACCUACCUCUAAAACUAUAGCAGACGAAAUGAUGCUUAACUUAAGGCACCACCCACGAGGGCAUUCUCAGCGCUGUCCUGUCUCUUUUUCUACGUACUUGAGAAAGAAGCCAAGGAGUCUCUGAGGGCUGCGAAUGUGGUAGCUCUAAAAAUAGCAGGAGAAAAUCUUCAUGAAGACGAACAUGAAGAUGGAACAUUUAUAUCAGCACGAAUCAGAAGCGGAAAGCCACAUGAGCAAGAGGAGUCUCAGAGUUCUGCGGAGCCUGAAGCAGAAGCUGAAAUCCAAGAUCUUGAGGAGCAAGCUGCUAAGAAAGGUCAACAAGACAAGAAGAAGAAGAAACGCAAAGCAGUGGAUUUAGAAGACCAAGGAGACAAUCAUAAUCAUGGUCAAAGAGGUAGGGGACAAAGAGGCACUUCCACCACUAGAGGCGCUGCUGCCACAGCAACUACUACAUCAACUGCAGCUAGGCGAAGCAUCAUCGAAUUACUUAAAGAGUCCUGGCGGGAAUCCUAUAACGCCUUGACGCUAUCGCAGGACUACGGGCUCCUUGCAGGGGUUCGUGUUGUUAAGGCUUGAGCAACGAACUCCUUUUUAGUACCAGAAACUUUAAGUAUAUCAACGUUCCGAAUUUGGUAGAUGUUGAUCUUGAUGCAUGUCCAUCCUGUUCUAGGUACUACUGGCUCACGCGCCAGCACACUUCCUAAUUAUCGAUCCUUGUGCGUUAGAUUUUCCUUCUCUAAUCUCGUCUUCUACUCCGCUUGCAGUUGCAUGUCGAUGUUCUUGUUUUAUUUGCGGGAUGCACUUCACGUUCCCACGAGAGCAGAGGGGAUUCGACAACUCUCCGUCGUGGCAAUCUUGUCUCAGUGCACAGUGCUGUUGUUUGCGAUUCCAGCUUCAUUAUUGUUGUCUUAAGGCUGACGUUAUUGUUAUACUUAGAUUCCAUUACCAGGAGCAGGAGAUUUUAUAUAAAUAUAAAUAUACUUAGAGUUAGAUAUUUAUCACCAUUCAUCGUUGUUGAAGUGGAAGAAAUCUAAAAAUUCAUAUUCCCUGUCCCGCAAAUUCUUACUCAGUACUUUUCACCAAACCCCUCCUCCUCUUUUUUUUUACCCGCAGUCUUACCAUCUGAAUUUGUUACGCACUGGCUUUCUCCUUCUAAUCCGCAGAACAGCAGUCUUACCAUGACGAGACUGGGUUACAGAGAGUGCAGACUCCCCGUACCCAACUGGCGGAAGGUACUAGGUCCGUGGCAUUGCAGAAGACGCUCUCCUUUCUCGGAAUCCUGGCUCAGAUCUUCCUCUUCCUGGCACUUGUUUUAUGUCUGGCUGGUUAUUCCUAUCGUGAUAGGACAGAAUGAGAAUGGAUCAGGUUUUUCUUGAUGUUAGAGCAGUGAUGAAAGUGAUCAUCAGGGUGCUACUCGACUCAGACACAACUAGAGUCCGGGUAAUGAUAUGAGGCGAUUCCUAUGGCAACUUGAUGGGGCCAAAGAUUGAAUGGCUCUGGUAUUUGGUAACCUGAUUUCGAUCAUGAGGAAAACAAGAAGGGAAUCCUUGUGAUCGAAUUCAGGCUAUACCAAAAAUACCAGAGCCAUACAUUAUCGUGAUAGGACAAAAUGAGAAUGACUGAUGCACACACAAAAUAAAACUCUAACACCUAUUGUCCCUGGCUUCGCACUAAGCCAUGGACCGGACUUCCUCAGCGGUUGUGUCUACGUUGGAGGCAUUCUAUAUGGCCUCAGUACGUGCUUGAUGGCCAUCGGCGACAUGGGGUUGGCACUCAGAUUGGUUUUAUGAUGAUUGUCAUGGGUCGGUUAGUAGUUACAGUUAGACUUACACUUACUCUUACAGUCGUGUGAUAAAUAAAGAAAAAACUAGAUGAUAUACUUUUUCACUUCUAGAGCUUCACCCUGUUCUCUGCUGUACUACAAGACCCCAUCGCCUGCUGUACUACAAGACCCCAUUGCCUGCUGUACUACAAGACCCCAUUUAUUUUCAUCUUCGUCCCCAUCUCGUCCGGCACUCACGUUCUAAUUCUUCCCCGCUCAAGUCCACUCACUUUCUAACGUACCCCUUCUAGUCCCCACACUUUCUAACUCUCUAGUGGUCCCCACACCUUCUAACUCUUCCCGCAGGCGUUGGUCACGGAGCUGCAAUGGCGCUUUUUGGUCCUUCGACGACUUACGGAUACGUCUUAGGCAGUGUCGUGAUAGGCUUUGGAUUGAGCUUCUUCAAGGUUGCGCCUGAUGCUGCAGACUUAACAUCUCAGCAUCCUUUACUAAGCGGCAUGCAGAAGGAGAACAACGAUGUAUGGUUGUAGUUUUUUCUCUCAUCAGCUCCUAAAUAAGCAAAGAACUAAUGCUUGUUCCUCCCUUUAAUGAUACACCCAUGAUCUCAACCUUUAAUACAGCACCAUUCAAAAGUCAUCUGGAGGCUUUAGUAAAGAAUAAUACAGGACGAGGACCAUUCAGCUGAAUAGUUCCGGUAUUUGGUAACCUGAGUUUGAUCAUAAGGGAAAACAAGAAGAGAACCCUUGUGAUCAAAUUCAGGUUCUCCCGGAGGGCCAUUCAGCAUCUCCCGGAGGAUAUAACUCCUUUCAUAGAAUGCUGGCAAGCAGGUCCCCGGUAUGGGCGCUGCUGGUGGAAUCGAUGGGGAUUGGGUUCCAGCUUACAAAACAGAAGGAUACCAGAUGAUUUCGCUUUGCUGUAUCAUGCUUAUGGCUCCUUUAGGUUCAAGAACAUGGAAAAUGAUAAUCCUUGUCAAGGCUAUCGCUAUUGAGGACUUGAUGUUACUAAGUAGUUGCAAUUAAUAUUGCAAAGUUGAUAUAGUACUUCAUAACGUGAUUAAGUAGUUGCAAAUCUCAACAUCGCGAAAGAGAUAUUAACGAUUCCUGCUUCAAUAGUAGAUGAAUAACUUGUUGUUCACUCAGGUAUGGCUACAAGUGCAAGGUUUAGUGGUCCUAGAAAUACUACUUCGUCCAAAUCAUGCGGUCGUGGUCGCAAUAGCCUACUUUCAUACCUUUGCGAAUUUGGUCUGUCCUCUUCCCCUCAUCAACCCUACUUUCAUGCCUUUGUGCAUUCUGUCCGCAGUACUGCUUUACCUCGUGGACACGCCACGAGCAUUGCGUGCUUCACUCUCGGUGGUGCAAAACUACAAGCAGGAUUCGGAAAGAGUAGUGGAUGAGGAGAGUCCAGCUACGUCGAAUGACGAUCAUGAGCAACCGGGAACUUCGGAAACCGAGUUUGCGGCAGACGAUCAUGUUGGCGAAUUCCACUCAAGAGUGGGGAGAGCAGGAAAUGGGAGGUAGAUUGAUGUUGAAGAAAGGGGAUUUUGAGAUACACAAUACUAUUGCUUCCGGUUAAGUAGAUUAGUGGUCGAUACUGGGUGUAGAGAAAAAACGAGGUACUAAAUCGUACUGCUGCUUGUUGAGGUGGACGAGGAGGAUGUAAGUUUAACUGAUGCAACUUAGCUAUGUUGACAUUUGGUUUGUGAUUAUUUCCUUGUGCAUGUGCAAAUAGUAGAUGUAGAGUGCUGGUGGGGGAGACUUACUAUUUAACUGUGACUUCUAAGUACCUGUACCUAUUACGUAGACUUACUAGAAGACAUUUCCUUUCAACAACGUGUGCAAUGAAUUGUAUUUGCUGUCAUCAAUAAUAUCAUGAUCAUUUUCAACAUAGUUCUUCACCAGUCUGUCAUAUGGAAGAGGGCGUGGGCGAUGAUAGAGACUGAUGCUCAUGCUGAGCGCAAGAAAUAGUAUGUGCAUGACGUACAGAUUGUUAUCUGAUGGUUCUAUUUGCAGAGCUUAGAACUAACAUCGUUUCAGCCUCGCCGGCUCUAGUAGAGUUUGUC